AUGGCAGGAAACAAUACAAACGCGUCUCAAUUCCUCACUCCACCGACAGUGGCUGCGUUGAGAGAAGAAGCGCGAUCCCCGAGCCAUCAUCGGGUGGAAAUGGAUCGUUCCUACACCGAAGACAUACGAGCGGAACGCGAAGAUUUACGGGAAGCCGCCGAAGAGACCUUGAAUGUCAUUGUGGAUUUGGGGUUGGAUGGUUAUAUCAAAUGGGUCAGCCCGUCUUGGAGACAGGUCAUCGGCACUGAUCCCGAUUCCGUCGAGGGCAAAGUUAUCUCCGAUGUGCUUUGGUCCAACAAGUCUUGUUUUCAAGAUGCCAUCAAGUCGAUGAAGGAAGAUGACUCGAGAAGUCGAUUUAUUCGAUUUUCCGUUGUUAUGGGACCUGACUCGAUGCUUAAAUCUUCCAUCAAGGAAUCAUCCUCUACGAUCAAAGAUGGCGAUAACCGCGAAGAUGAACCUAACAAAACUCCUACCGAUGAUGGAAACGAACAAUCGACCGACGUCAAAGAAGAGACUGAAGAAGAUAUCCUUGAUAUGGAAGCACAAGGAAUCAUGAUCUACGACCGUUCAGGCGAUGGCGAAGGACAUACCAUGUGGAUGCUGCGCCCAUCAACCUCGCCGAAAGAAGUCACCAUCGAUCUACCCCCACUUCUUGUAGAGUCCCUCGGCGUUGGGGCAGAAGUGCUAGCAAAUCACUUGACAGUUUUGGCUGAACGAGCCGCCGACGCCAAUCCCGACAAAUCCGUUACACCUACUCCAGUACUGUGUCGAAUCUGCGAACGCCAAAUUACCCCCUGGUGGUUUGAGAAACACUCUGAGCUGUGUUUUCAGGAACACACUGCAGAAAUGGAGGUCCAGCUUGCACAAGAAAACCUCAACGAGCAUCGACAUGCGAUUGUUAAGGUUCUCGACGCUCUGGAAGCUCGCCAAAGCCGCCCUUUUUCUACAGAUGCUCAACCACCAUCCUCCCAACCAGAAUACAAAGGACUACCCAUUGGACCGUCGCCAUCUUCAUCACUUCCAGGUUCUACUCCGGGCUCUUCACCUGCCACGCCUCCACGGUCGAGGGAUCCUUCAACAUCCGGCUUGGGCCACGGAAGGGGUCGCUCUUUUGCUGUACGACGACCUCUGGCUCGCAUCGUUGAAUUGAUUCUGGAUCUUUGCGACACAGCAUUGGAAAUAAGUACUCCCGCGCUGAAAGAAACACGAACGGACAGCAUAGAGGAUCUUCGAACAUUAUCUCCGCAAUCAGAAUCUCGUAUCUCUCAAGUGCUACAAUGGCAAUCUCCCAGCAGCAAUACAUUAGAGCAAGAACAAGGUCUUGCCGCUUUAUCCGCCGAUACAGAACAGGUAGCAAAGGCCAAAGUCGACGCUGUUGUCCGUCAUCGUCGGAUCGUUGAGUAUGCCGAGAGAAUCCGCGUGGAAUACACAGUUAUGGUGGAAGAAUGUAUCGAUGCUGCACUCAGCAAGGCGGAACGAAUUGCGGCUGGUGAUCUCUCAGAUUCUUCAUCAACCUCUAGCUCAUAUGAAUCAGAAGGCGAGCAAGCGAAAAAUGCCGACCAACCCAACGAAGAAGAACAGCAACCGACCGCUCAAAGCACCGAGUCCAGUGUCCCUCUGUCUCAAGAGCGAUCCUCUGACAUCCCGCGUGAACAUUCAGAUCCAUCUUCGCACUCUCAAUCACCCCGGCGCGGUUCGUCCGUUGCAGUUUCCACUCGUUCAGCAAGUCCGUUGGAAUGCCCGACUCCUCGUUCUCACAAGAGCAUCAGCGGAGUUUUAGGAACAUCGCAACCCAUCAAGCGAGGAUCACUUCUUGCCGAAAGUGACAUGGGCGAUAUCAGCGAUAGCAGCAGCGUACCUUCUUCCUCUUGGAUCGCCGCUGCUAGAGGGACUGAAUCUCCUUCAUCGGAGAAGAGCAUUUCGCAGUCUAGAAGUGAAAGAAGCAGAAAGCGCAAGAGCUUAAUUCUGCCAAACUUGUCAAGCUCACCACGUCGCCAGGCAUCCCCAGGGCGUGUACAGGGCCCUGGAUCCCCUUUGCGUUUAUCAAAGCCACGUCUACCUAGUGGCGAGAGUAUCCCUUCUCCUAGCAUUUCUCCAUUAUUGACCACAAACGAGUUGACCGCUCAAGGGUUACCUCCACAUCACCAUUUGCACACUCAUUAUCAUCAUCGACGACAAUCAUCCACCGCUUCUUCGGAUCCCAGAGCACCUAUCUCACCACAUUUGAGCUCUGUGAGUCAGCCGCAACCUCGUCCUGCGCCACCAUCAAUCAAGGAUUUCGAGAUCAUCAAGCCCAUCAGCAAAGGUGCUUUUGGGAGUGUAUACCUUUCGAAGAAGAAAGCCACUGGAGAGUAUUUCGCCAUCAAGGUACUAAAAAAGGCAGACAUGGUUGCCAAAAACCAGGUUACCAAUGUUAAAGCGGAACGAGCAAUCAUGAUGUGGCAGGGUGAGAGUGACUUUGUUGCGAAACUGUAUUGGACAUUUUCCAGCAAAGAUUAUCUUUACCUCGUAAUGGAGUAUCUUAAUGGAGGGGACUGCGCCUCUUUGGUUAAAAUUCUGCAAGGUCUACCUGAAGACUGGGCUAAGAAAUACAUCGCCGAAGUGGUCCUAGGUGUUGAGCAUCUACACAACCGAGGCAUUGUACACCGAGACUUAAAACCAGACAACCUUCUUAUCGACCAGCGCGGCCAUCUCAAAUUGACUGAUUUUGGUUUAUCUAGAAUGGGACUGGUUGGUCGUCAAAAACGUGUCUUGAAAAGCCCUAACGAAUCCGCGCCAGAUUUAUUGAAGCAAGGACCAUUCCCUCGGCCUAUGUCGCUGGCUUCGUCUCGCUCUGCAUCGUUCGAUUUUCAGGGAGGACACUCGCCCAGUUCAACUCCAAUCAUAGCGCCCGACACCGCCGGAAGCUAUAACCAGCCUUCGUACUUUAGCUUGAGCCAAAUGCCACCACCUCGCGAAAGCCUUGGUCGCACGUCCAGUUUUCGCAGUGACAGCGGUGGAAGCGACACAUUAAACGCCAUGUUUCGAACAUUCUCACUUGGUGAGGGUCUAGAGACUCCCGCACCUCUACCACCUCCAUCUCAGGCUGUGACGGAGGACGAAGCACCCAGUGAAGGAGGCGAGUCUCCACAUCUAGUACCAUUGAGCCAAACAGUGAGCGUGGCAUCCUCAUCAGCAGUACACAACACACCACCUUCACAGUCCAUGCUGCCACCUCCAAUGGCCUUGUUCGAUCCUGAGGAUCACAACCGAAGGUUUGUUGGCACACCCGAUUACUUGGCACCUGAAACAAUCAAUGGUGUUGGCCAAGAUGAGAUGAGCGAUUGGUGGUCCCUUGGUUGCAUUCUAUUCGAGUUUCUUUAUGGAUAUCCUCCGUUCAACGCGGCGACACCAGAUGAGGUAUUUGAGAAUAUUUUGCAUCGGCGAAUCAAUUGGCCCGACGAAGCCCAGCAAUUGGCGUCUCCUGAUGCCAUUGACUUGAUAAACAAACUUAUGACCCUCGAUCCCGAACGACGACUGGGUGCUAACAUCGACGAGAGGUUUCCCAAUGGGGGCGCUGAGAUUCGCAGUCAUCCUUGGUUUGCUGAUGUCAACUGGGAUACUUUGCUUGAAGACAAAGCGGAGUUUGUUCCGAAUCCUGAGAAUCCAGAAGAUACCGAAUAUUUCGAUGCUCGUGGCGCAACUCUACAGUCAUUUGAAGAACUCGAAGAUUCCCAGGCCCCUCAAUACCCUUUGACGACUGGAGAGUAUCCCGAUCGACCUCAUGAUGCGUUGUCCAAAGUUCGCUCGCAAGUCAACUCGAUGAAGCGAGGACUCAUGCCACUACAUAUUCCGCCACAUGUUCGAGAUACACGUAGUCGGCGUUUGAGUGAACCCGUCUUAGCUGAUGAUUUCGGUAACUUCAAUUUCAAGAACCUGCCCAUGCUUGAACGAGCAAACAAAGAUGUUAUCCAGAGACUGCGACAGGAAGCCAUGCAAGCUCAGCAAAGGCCGAUUCCCUCGACGACAGCAUCCCCCAGCAUUCCUAGCUCGGCACCAUCUCUAGAAGGAAACCGACCAGCAUCUCCAUCUGGAUUAAGUCAGACCGGAUCAUCUCCCAAUCGACCUUCCCAACCUUCUUCUCCAUUACUUGUUCAGUUCAGCACGGGUCAGAAUCACGAGCGUAGAAAGACUUCUGGGUCCUCGUCGGCGCAGUCGCAGCAAUCGCUUGCGUCUUCCGCGCCAACAUCGAAUAAACUCGGACGGUUGACGACUCAUUCACCAGAGAAGGUUGCAUCUGGUCUUCCCCAGACAGGCGUCACACGUACUAGAUCGCAGACGAUCGGAUCACAGGACAGCGAAGGACAUUCAGUCUCGUCUAAAGAGCCGUUCAUCCCAACCCAUCACAAACGGCGUAGUCAAUUGUUCGAUAUUUCCCCCUCGUCAUCUGACAACGAAGAUCCGCGAACCAAAGCAUUGUUGAAGGUACAGCGAAGGCGACAGAGCUCUCGACGGCUCUCCCAGAUUAAUUUGCUUGACGGUCCAGUCUUCCGUCCUCUUGAUGUCCUGAUAUGCGAAGAUCACCCUGUGUCUAGACUCGUUAUGGAACGACUAUUUGAAAAGUUACGCUGCCGCACGAUCACAGCCAUCAAUGGCUCCGAAGCGAUCCGCUAUGCGUUGAGCGAAGUCCAGUUUGAUAUUAUCAUGACAGAAGUCAAACUUCGUCAAAUCAACGGAGUAGAUGUAGCUCGCAUGAUACGUGAGACACGAAGUGCCAACAGACAUACACCUAUCAUUGCGGUCACCGGCUAUCUCAAGGAUCUACCAGAAGCGCAUCAUUUCAACGCAUUGAUUGAAAAACCUCCCACGCUAAGCAAGCUCACCGAAGCAUUGUGCAAAUUCUGUCAAUGGAAGCCUCCGCCCAAGGACUACGUUCCGACACAUUCGCUCACGAUCCCCCCGCCACAGCCACGUAGUCUCAAUCAUGCAGAAGACAGCCCCGGCUCGAUCUCGUCUGGGUUUCAUCCCGUAGCUUCGAGUUCAUAUAGAGGCUCCAGCAGGGCGGAUUCUGUGGGAAGUAGCUAUUUUGGCGAUAUGGAGUCGACCAAGCCAGAGGAGAUACCAGUUGUUAUCAGCCGUCAUACAGAUAGUUGGGGCGAUGCGUCCGAGGGUCUCGGGAUUUUAGAAGGAGCAGCAGCAACAGAACCUACACUUAACACGAACAUCGCAGGCGCAUUCAAUCUUCCGCCUUUGCAGCAUACUCUUUCCGCGCCGCCAACAUCCAACCCUCCGACUUUGGUUGAGCCCCGGAAACAACGGUCCACUGAAGCAAUUCGCGCUAAGCGGGAGUCGUUGGAAAAACGGCGGUAUGAAGGUGCUGAAUCCGGAGAUGAUGAAGACGAAGAGCUUGGGAAUCUACAGGCUCGCCACCGCGCUCCACAUACUUCCAAAGGACCUCGUUCUAGUUCAAAACUAGGCACGGAGAUGAUGCGAACUAACAGUCGUGGGAGUGUUGUCAGCGGCAGCGAGGAAAUCCUAGCCAAAGAGAAAGCUGCUGAGUCUGAAUCCGGCGAAAUUGAUGAUUUGGGAGAACAACUUGGUGCAUUUGACAUGUCUCAAGAUGAUGUGUCUUCUCCAGAAAGAAGGACAUCUAAGCCCGAGUCGCCACGUUCGUCGCGAUCACCGGAUAUCAUGAGACGCCCAGCGCUUGAACCACUUGACGAGUAUCCUACCGAAAUUCGAUCUCCGGAUAGUUCUGAAUUCCAUGUGCAACGUUCUACGGGAGGACUCUCGACGCCACCCAAGGAGGGUAUUACGAACGAUAUAUCACCUAGUGAGACAGCAAUUACAUCUGGAGACCCUACGGAUUCUUCAGACAUCGAUCCUGAUGCGACUCCACGUCCAGCUCCUACUCCGUCCAUGUCAGAGGUUGAUGACAUGACACCGCGCGGUCCAGCUAAAGGUCGGCGCGAACAGAAUCAACGCCCAGAGGGUCAAACCAGUCAUAUUCAUCUUCGAGAUGUGCUUCACUGGCGAAGGCGAUAA